AUGGCCAAAUUCAUAGCAACUUCAUCAUCACUGUCGUUGAAAGUUUCACCAUCGUCAUUCUUUUGUUACAAUUCAAUAAUUUUCUUUUGGAUCUGUUGUUGUUUGGUAUUUGGUAGCGGCGGUGAAGCAAAAAUCAAAGCCACCACUGAUACCUCAGAUGUCGGAGUAACAUUACAUGGACAGUCUACUUUUUAUCAUCAAACAGGGACUUUAGGAUCAUGUGGUAAAUUCAGUAGGGAUCGAGAUAUGAACGGACCGCAAUAUGAUCAACACAACCCAUGUGGUAGAUGCGUAAAAAUUGUGGGGCCACGUGGUUCUGCCAAAGUGAGGAUUGUGGAUCGGUGUGCCGAUUGUCCUUGGGGUAAUAUCGACCUGAGUCCAGUCGCUUUCUCGAAAAUAGCAAAUACUGAGCAAGGUCGUGUACCAGUGACAUGGGGAUAUGUCAAAUGUUGA